UUUGUAUAUAGUCAGAAACUUCAACAGUAUAUGAGAUUCGCAUCACUGAGAGGGUAUGCCUACCCACUGAGAGUUGAUCAAGAUCAAGAAUGGCAUCAAAAGAAGAGCGAAAACAGUUUGAAAAGGAUGGCUUCCUUGUAGUGGAGAAUUUUCUGACAAAAGAAGAGGUGGAGUCACUCAAGACAGAAUGCCAUGACAUUGUCCAGAACAUGGAUCCAAAACAGCAUGCAAGGUGUACGUUUGACACAUCUGAAAAUACACAGGCUCGGAAUGAAUACUUUAUGACCAGCGGAGACAAGAUCAGGUUCUUCUUUGAGAAAGAGGCAUUGGACAAGGAAGGAAAUCUUUUGGUUGACAAACACAGUAGCCUCAACAAAGUAGGUCAUGCCCUUCAUGAACUCUCACCUCCUUUCAAGACAAUAUCCUGCUCCAAGAAAGUACAGGAUAUUGCAAGAAACUUAGACUUCAAGAAGCCUGUUAUUGUGCAGAGCAUGUACAUCUUCAAACCACCACACUUUGGAGGAGAAGUGACUGCCCAUCAGGAUGGCAUCUUUCUCCAUACCGACCCCCUCAAACUGACUGGUUACUGGAUAGCCUUAGAGGAUGCCGAGAUUGAUAAUGGUUGCCUGUACUUCAUUCCAGGUUCUCAUUCACGUGACAUCACAACAAGAAUGGUUCGAGAUCCAGAUGGAUCUGCGACCUCAUUCCAAGGCGAUCCUUACCCCAUGCAGGUACCUGAUGAGGAUUUCAUUCCGGUUCCUGUCAAAGCAGGGUCACUGAUUCUCAUCGAUGCCAAAGUUGUUCACAGGAGUUCCCAGAACACGUCGGAUAGAUCCCGACAUAUCUACACAUUCCAUGUUGCAGAGUCUGAGAAGACAGAUUGGAGCGAAGAAAACUGGUUGCAGCCUACGUCCGAGAUGCCAUUUCCACAGCUGUACACACAGAACUAAACCUGAAGUCAUAUCCUGCCUCUAACAUAUGAAAUGCAGGGUCCGGUCUUUUUGAUGUUUAAGACUUUUGGUAACCUUACUUAUAAUCUGAAAUUGUACUUAAAUGAAUUAAUGAUUGUAGUUAUUAUGAGACGCUCCUGUUGAUGCUAUGCACCCUAUAAAGAUAUAAAACAUAGCAGGUAAUCAGACUGUAAUUGCCUCUUUCAGUCAGAAGUAUCUUGUUAUCUUCACUAUAAUAAAGUUGAAUUCUGGUCAGUUAUGUUGAAAAAGAAACUUGAAGCAAUAUGGAAAGAGAGAUUAUUCAGUACAUAAGAAUUGGUGUAUACUGCUAGGUUUUGGAAUCGCCAAAAGGAACAGAAUUGACUCUGUCUUUCUAAAAGACAAGUGCACUGCACACAAAAAUAGAUGUAUGGGACUACUCAUACAUGGGCAUGAAUGAUCCAUACGUUUUAGCUGUAUCUUGUCAUAUUUCAAAUAUGAGAGCACUUGAAGAACAUUAGGGGACAUUUUAUUUUUUAUUUUUUUUAUUCUUCCAAAAUGACAUCAAACGAACUCACAACUUUUUUUCCACCUUGACCAGAAUUCGACCUUCUCUUUAUGGGUAUAGUAUCUUAAGACACGUCGGUGUGGCAUGUGCACUUUAUCGCUCACCGCCACCCUGUGUCUACCUGUUACUAAUUUACCUGCUCGGAGCCAGAAGGGCGUAUGUAUUCUAUGAUGAUACUUUAUGGAUAUUGACAAUCAGCAGCUGAAUAAACCAACGCUGCAUCGUAUAAUUUUAAAAUGUGACAUUUUUCUUUGAUUUUUAUUUUAAUCUGCCCUUUUUUACCAUUGUAGAAUGGAAAUAAUAAUGGGAUAAAUUCUUUUCAUACCACCAAGGACAAUAGUAGUAAACAAAAAAUUUACUUUCAAAAGAAGUAAAAAAGGAUAAGAAUAGGGAGUGACAGUACAAAAGAGCAAAUUACAGAGGAUCACACUCAUGCUGUGUGUGCAAUUUCUUACAAAUUAAUUGUAUUAUGCAAUUGUAAAUAUUGUUUACAGGAUUUUUCUCAUUUUGUCAGAUGAUUGGUUAGUCAUAUUUUUCUGCCUUUUCUAGAGCAAUGUGUAUUUACUCUAGUGCACAUUGCUCUAGAAAAGGCAGAAAAAUAUGACUAACCGAUCAUCUGAGCAAUGUGUAUUUCUCUGCCUUUUCUAGAGCAAUGUGCAUUAGAGUAAAUACACAUUGCUCUAGAAAAGGCAGAAAAAUAUGUAUCUACUCUAAUGCUUUCCUUUAAUAGAUUCGUUAUUCAAUCUCUCUGGUGUUCCCAAAUUUCCAAAUUGGAAUAUCCUUCUUUUUUUGUUUAAAAAAAAGAAUGAUUACAAGAAAAAUCAAAUACGUUAUGUUAUCAAGAAUUCAAUUCUAUAUUUGCUCAGUGUUUUUUAACCUAUCUUGAGUGUGGGUAAUCUUCUUCCAUUUGAGGCAACAAGAGAAAAAAUAUAUUUUAUUUUCCAAUAUAUUUCUGUUCUUGUAAUUGAUUUACAUCUCUAGAGUAAAUUGUAGCAAAUUAAUUUGAAUUGUUUAUCAUGAAAUAUGUGGGUUGUUUUGACCAGCAAAGUAGCAAAAACUUGAGGGAAAUCAUGUUCAGUCAAAUAUACCUCACUUCUACACUAUAUUAUAUUUUCUCUUUGGAGUCAUACUGGCAUUAAUUGUGGUAAAGUAAAAUAUAUGGGAUGAUGGCCUUGAUGCUCCUUGGUCUACCAUGGUAAUUUCCUCAUGUUUCUUUGCUUAUUCCUCAGGAACUAUGCAUUAUGUAAAAAAAUCUUAAGAGAACUCAGGAUGAACUUCGAUUUCAUGUCUGUGCAGAUUACAUUUCAUAUUGCCAUAAUUAUGUUGAAAUACGGCUUUAAAGCAUGUUACUUACUGGUAAUUUUGUGAAUGCAAAUUUAGCACCAUUGUAUUGUUGAGCAGUACCUGUGUUUCAAAAUUGUACAGUACUUUGUAAAAAGAUACUUAAAAAAGAGAGCAAUAUUAAUUCUAUUAAAAUCAAUCAAAUCGUGAUAUUUA